UGACAGUUGAAGGGGAUUUUCCUGUUUGUUCGUUGAGUUUAGGUGAACUGUCAGUGUUCAGUAUCUUGUGAAUCUUAAGAAAAUCAUUUAGCAUGUACAACGAAUAAAAUGAUGUUAUACGUAAAAAGAAGUUUCAACACGACGCCGGCUUAAUAAUCCUGCGCUGGAAUUUGUGCAAAACUAUCUUUACAUAUUUCUGGGGGUUAUUUAUAACUUUAGAGUAAUUCGUACCAAGAAGACAAAAAUCGCAGUUGUAAACACUACAGACGUUGAACGUCAAAUUGAUUAAUAUUGUGCAACUAGGGACCAACAGACAUGGAUAUCAUCAUACCCAUAGCAAUUUGUAUUCUGUUCGUUAUCCUGUUUUCAAUUUGUGGCUGGUGCUGCAAAAGAAAACGUGAGGGUACUGUAUAUGGAUAUCCUGGUACCAACGUCAAUGUGUCGAGCCAGCCGGUAAAUCAAUCUCCAGUGGUGGUACCACCUUAUCCCGUGGAUCCACGCCAUCCAACUCCACAUGCUGGAGCACCUGCACCAGGCUUCGCUCCACCUACCUCAAAUCCACCAUAUCCUACAUCCGGUCCUGGAUUUUAUUCGCCUCCUAUUGGUGGCUCUCCAUAUCCCCCAGCAGCACCGUACCCCCCAACAAGCGGUUCCCCUUAUCCGCCGACCAGUGGAGCUCCUUAUCCUCCAGUUGGAGGCUAUUACCCUCCAUCGAAUCCGAACCCGCCCCCGUACGACGUGGCCGUGAACCAACCUCCGCUCCAUCCUCCGGGACCGACGCACGAGGCUUAUGGCAAACAGGCACCAUAUAAUCCACAUUAUCAAUAAGAAGUAACUCAUUUUACACUUGUUAAGACUGUACUGUAUUUUGGAGGACAUAAGAUUUAUAUACGAAAGGCAAAUUAUUUAUGUUUUGUGAAAAAUUUUAAGAAAGUUUGUAGUAGGAGUAAAAUUCAACAACAAACAAGUCAUUUAAAUAUCGUCUUCCUUUUUAACAUUAUUGUACCUUGUUGUAAUUACCCAGUAACAUUUGAAUGGCAGCACUAAUUUAAUUCAAAAUGAUUAGUAGCAAAGCAUUUGUUGUUGAUUAACAUAUUAUUAUGAUUGGCUCCUAAGGAAUUUGAAAAAUUAUUUCGUUCUACUACUUACUUUUAGCUAAAUAACUGGAUUUUAUUUAGUAUUAAAAGUAAUCUGGACAAAUCAAGAACACAAACAUCAUUGUGAUUUAUAUCAUUUGCCUAUCGUAAUUGUUGUGACGGUUAUUAUACAUAUACAAUUUUAAGGUACAUCAUGUAAUCAGAUGUGAAAAUAUUUGUUUGAUAUAUAUAUAUAUUUCAAUUUUUACUUACUGUGUUAUACACAUAUUAAUGUAAACUAUAUCACUACUGUUAAGAUGGCCUUGAGAGAACAAACGACAAUAGACUCGAACCAAAUUUCGAAUAAAAUAUUUUAUCUUCACGUUUUUGUUAAUGAAAUUGUAUUUAUUUUUAUUUAACAUUGUGUAUAUGCUUUAUAUAGGGUUAAAAGUACAGUAUUUUUACCUAAAUGGUACCAUUUAGUUUUAAAAAUUAUUUUCAAUUUCUAUUAAGUUACCGUAAAGCUUAUACAUAAGCGCUUUCGUAAAAAUUACUGUGAAUAAAUUCUCGUCACAUUUAGAUUCGCCAAGUUGAUAAUGGGAAGUCUAGUAUGUUGCGCACAGGUUUCUCCGUGUGUUUUUUCAUAAAAUCCAAUUUACUCACGUUUGCACAUGUCCCAUUUUUAACUUCAGCAGACUGAUAAAUUCCCAUUGUAAAAUUAUUUGUACAUUUUGUUAUGUUAUGUUUCGAUUUCGUGAUAUUUUCAUCAAAAAUCCAUAUUUUGUAUGUUAUAGAAAACGCUUUAAGAAUGUGAUAAUGGAUAUGGAAAGCUUUUGAAGUAGGUGUAAAUAUAAAUUUUUGUAUAAGUAUAGGUUGCGGUUUUUUGGAUAGUUCUAUUCAAACUCAUUUGAACUUGUAUACUAAACAUUAUCAGAUACAAGUGAUUGAUGUUUUCCUUUAUUCUCUGCACAUGUUGAAUGCAUUUCUUUGUCGACAACCUCAAUGACUAAAGCGUCCUUCCAUACCUAGAAAAUAAAAACAAAAAUCGAUGGGACAUGCAUUUGUUAAUAAAACCGUUCAUAUUUGAAUUGAUCUAUCCGUAUACGUGAAAAUAAUUGUUUGAUUUCAAAACACUAUGUAUGUCGAAAGAACAUAUUUUUAAAGAACUGUAUUUGAUUUAAUUAUUAAGACUGUAUAGAAACUAAAUAAAAUAUCAAAUAUUAA